ACAUAAAAUCAAAGAAAAAGAAGCUCUUUUCAUUACUGUUUCUCUCUCUCUCUGUGUACAAAAUCCAACCUUUUUUGACUCUUAUUUGCUUUCAAUUUUAGGGUUAAUUUCUGUAAAUUCUCUCUAGUUCACUUCUCUUUCUGUGUUCAUUCCUAAAGUCAAAAGCAAAAAUCUUUAUAAAUUUGCGUAUACAGUAGCUCUUGUUCUUAUUCUUCUUCUUUAUAUCUCCAGAACAAGAAACUUCCUCUCCAAUUUUUCAUUGUUUUGUUGCUUGUCUAGAUAUUAAACUAUAAAACAGUGUUGCUUUUCCUGGGUUUUCACCCAUCAAGAUCCAAUUUGAUGUAUAGAAAAAAUAGUGGCUCCUUAUUAAAAAGAGAGAAUCUUUGAUAAAAUUGUAUGUUUCGGACGAAAAUAGUGGGUCUUUGUUAAAAUUCGAUUUAAGUGAACAAUUUGCUUGAUUUGGGUUCUUUUGGGUUUGUGAUCUAAACCAAAACCAUGGCCGUUUCAACAAUAGCUUUAUAUGCGAGCCCACCUAGCAGUGUCUGUUCAGCUCCGCACCCAUGCCAAAUCAACGCUCAUGCGACUUAUGAUUUUGAUUUGAACUCAAGAUCUUCAUCAACAGCUUCGUCUAGUGCAUCUUCUUCGCAGAAAUCUGUGGUCGGAGGCCUGUCGUGUUUGUUUUCUUCUUCAACUGCAAAACAUUCGUCGUUUUCAGCUGACAGAGAGGAGUUAGGGUCUUUGUGGCGUGAUAGAGCAGAGGAUUUGAAGGAAUUGAGCGGUUCAUUUCGCUUUUCACCCAGCAAAUAUAUAGGUGGGUCUUCUUUGAAGAGGGAUCAGAGUCCAAUUUCGGUGUUGCAAGGUCCAGUCUCGUGUUCUAGUAGUCCUCCUAUGAGGAUUGCUCGUGAAAGGAGUACUGAUGUGGGUUUCCAGAGCUCAAUUCAUGGCUCAUUUCGCAGUGGGGCUAAUGGGUUGUUUGAUGGGUUUGUGGGACAUGCCUUGGGAUCCUGCGUUGAUUAUGAUUCGCCAGCGCCAACUUUUGAGGUUCCUAAUACUGUAAAUGAUAUGGGUUCUUCAUCUGUUGCUGUGGAUGAAUUGACAUUUAACAUGGAAGAUACUUUUGUGGAAGCUAAUAACGAGCCCUAUGCAAAAGAUUUGCUGUUAGGUGCACAACUGAGGCACAAAAUAUUUUGUGAAGACUUUGUAAUUAAGGCUUUUUAUGAGGCUGAGAAAGCACAUAGAGGACAGGUGCGAGCAAGUGGAGAUCCAUAUUUGCAGCAUUGUGUGGAGACUGCAGUUUUGCUCGCAACGAUUGGGGCUAACUCUACAGUGGUUGCUGCAGGGCUUUUACAUGACACUGUUGAUGAUUCUUUUUUAAGUUAUGACUAUAUAUUUAGGACAUUUGGAGCAGGGGUAGCCGAUUUGGUGGAAGGGGUCUCCAAGCUAAGUCACUUGAGUAAGCUUGCACGCGAGAACAAUACGGCAAACAAGACAGUUGAAGCAGAUCGCUUGCAUACCAUGUUCCUUGCGAUGGCUGAUGCCAGGGCUGUUCUGAUAAAGUUAGCGGAUCGAUUACAUAAUAUGAUGACAUUAGAUGCAUUGCCUUUGAUCAAGCAACAGAGAUUUGCUAAGGAGACUCUGGAGAUAUUUGCACCAUUGGCAAAUCGUUUAGGGAUCUCUAGUUGGAAAGAGCAACUAGAAAAUCUAUGUUUUAAGUAUCUCAAUCCAGAUCAACAUAGAGAUUUGUCCUCUAGACUUGUGGAGUCCUUUGAUGAGGCCAUGAUUACUUCUGCAACAGAGAAAUUAGAGCAUGCUCUUAAGGAUGAAAACAUUUCGUACCAUGUUCUGUCUGGACGGCAUAAAAGCUUGUAUAGCAUUUAUUGCAAAAUGUUGAAGAAGAAGCUGAAUGUGGAUGAGAUUCAUGAUAUUCAUGGACUUCGACUGAUUGUUGAAAACAAGGAAGAUUGUUAUAAGGCAUUAGGAGUUGUUCACCAGCUAUGGUCUGAAGUACCUGGAAAAUUUAAAGACUACAUAAGUCACCCCAAGUUCAAUGGGUAUCAAUCUCUCCAUACUGUAGUAAGAGCUGAAGGCAUGGUGCCAAUUGAAGUUCAAAUUCGGACAAAGGAGAUGCAUUUGCAGGCUGAGUUUGGUUUUGCGGCUCAUUGGAGAUACAAGGAAGGUGAUUGCGAGCACUCCUCAUUUGUGCUUCAGAUGGUUGAAUGGGCACGAUGGGUUGUCACAUGGCACUGUGAGACAAUGAGCAAAGAUCGAUCUUGCAUUAGCUAUGCUGAUUCCAUAAAGCCUCCCUGUGCAUUUCCUACACAUUCUGAUGAUUGUCCAUAUUCUUACAUGCCGCAAUGCAGCGAGGGUGGACCUCUCUUUGUCAUUAUGAUUGAUAAUGAUAAGAUGUCAGUUCAAGAAUUUCCUGCAAACUCAACUGUGAUGGAUUUGCUGCAAAGGGCUGGUCGGGGAAGCUCAAGAUGGUCUCCUUAUCGGUUCCCUGUGAAGGAAGAGUUGAGGCCUAGGUUGAAUCACAAGCCAUUAAAUGAUCCUACAUGCAAGCUGAAGAUGGGGGAUGUGGUGGAGCUGACUCCAGCCAUACCCGACAAAUCUUUGACAGAGUGCAGGGAAGAGUUCCAGCGCAUGUAUGACCGAGGAUUGACCACUGUCUCAAGCACAGCAGCUGCUAGUGGGGUGGCUGGGUUGAGAAGUUGACCAUUAAGUGAUUGGCCCUCAAGUAGUAUACCAUUUAAUGACGAUUGGUUAUUCUUGUAUGUACAUAUGUUUGUAUAGAACAGCUACAUGUUUCUGGUGAUGAAGACACAGUGACUAACUGUAUUCAAAAAUAGAGCCAAAAAAGAUUGAUUUUGAAGUUCUCAAAAUGAAUGCUGGCUUCUGUUCUUUUUUAUUUUAAGCUUUGUAAUUUGCAUAUUGAUCAAUGGAAUUGAACUAUUUUCAGUUUCUAAAA